AUGAAGUCGUCAAAGCUUGAAAACAAAGAUCUUAUCCGAAUUGGUCCCGAAAGUGGGACCAAUCGCUUUCCAUGUUGCCACGUCAUCCACCCAACAUUAAAGUUCUCCCUCCCUCCCUCCCGAGGACCGACAAGAUUCUUCAACGUGGAAGCUUCUAGAAACGCCACGUGGUGUGGCCAGCACAAACUAUGGGCCGCUCGGGCAGGUAUUCUCGGAUGCGCCACCAGGUUUCUGAUUCCCACAGGGAGGCGGACUUGCAUUUUGAUCCGCUGUGUGUAUUCUAUCCUUAUCUUCUCUGGUCUUUAA